CAGAUUUCAAAAUCAUGUAUUUAAAGUCAGAUACAGCGUUAAAAUCUCUUCAGUUCAAAUCCUCAACUCAACAUUCAACAUGGCGAAUACAAAACAAUUUAUUAACAAUCUAUUUGUUGACUACUACAACACCGCCUUCCAGUACGGGGAUACCCUGUAUACCGGUCUCAAGAACUCCGAGCUGGUCCUCAACGGGAACAAGUAUACCGGAGACGACCUCAUUGUCAAGAGCAAGAGCGUGAUCGAUACCGCCAAGCAGGGGAACAGCAGCCUGCUGGGCUGGGUGGUAGAGACAAGGAACUCAGGGGAGGCAACGUGGAACGAUAUCUUGAAGUCUGCGGAGGAACUGAUGAAGAAACUGCAGGGGAACCCGGCCAUGCAGUUUACAGUUAACUCUUUGCAGCAAAUUAUUACCAUGCUUGCACAACUAAGGGAGAACAUGAUGACGGAAGAAAACAAUGAAAAAUUGAAUUCAUACAGAGCCCAGAUUAGUGAACUGUGUGAAAUACUUCUCAAGUUCGUAAACUGCCAUAAGAAGGAAGAGGAGGAGAAGGAAGAGAAGGAAAAGGAAGAGAAGGAGAAGGACGAGAAGGAGAAAGAGAUGAAGAAGAAAGAGGGGAAGGAAAAUAACACCGAACUCUCUACUUCAGGCCCCGUAAAUGAAAGAGUUGCUCCCCCCAAGAAGACCAACUUUAAACCUCCACAACAAAACCCAGCAAAACCAAGACAGGAUUAAACUAAAACAAACUCUCAACACAAUCUAUGUUAAAUUUAUUAUUCUGAAUUUUUAAAUGUCCAUUUUAAAUUUUGUCGAUAUUAGUUUAAAAACGAAAUAAAAUAUAAUCAAAAGUUAAAGCUUAAAAUUCCUGAUAUUUCGUUUAUAAUAUCGAACUUAACGAAAGAGUUUCGUAAUUAUGAACAUUUCGUUCGAAAUGCAGAAUAGAAUGUUAAAUCUAUAUUAAAAUUUGUGAGAUAUUUACAUUUCUAUCCGCAAAGGAUGGAUUUCUUUGAAAGAUAAAAAACAUGCGUUGCGAUGAUUUAUAAUUUAAUGGAUUU